UGAUGAUGAAGAUUUCAUAAUGAAGUUUGAUAAUGAUAGUUAUUUGCAAGCAUUAAGUUCUUUGAAUAAAGAACAAGAUGAUUUUAUCCUACAAAAUGAUGCUGAAGAAGAGGAUACAGGAAGUGUACCAAAAAAAUGA